UUUGCGAAAAUUGGUGUAAAAAGUGCUAUUGAUUGACAAAUUGUGCAGCGCAGGCAAACGUAAACGUAAUUUAAACAAUUGCGCUGCCCGCGGAGUAAAAUGAAUUAGUGUGCACAUUUAGUUAGCUGACGCGAAGGGUCGUGUAGUGUACAAAAAGCGUUGCUGAACCAACUGAAUUUGGAGCUUUGUCCGUUUUUGUCUUAUUGGACUUUUUUUCUUCCCCCACACAAGACGUUGACGAGGCGAUAAACGAGCCUCAAAAAGGUGACUGCGGCGCAAGCGGGCAGCACGGCUGAGCUGGCAGUUGUUUAGUUAAGCGUCAAGAAUAAACAUACAGCUUGCUAUUGUUGCUGGUAACGGGCGUGGCUUAGUCGUGUACCCCAAGCAACAAGAAAAAAAGGUAACACGAUAGAGGGCUGGAGUCAGCAACAAGUAGGCGGCUAUGGAAGAGGUUACACUUACCGAGCCCGAGACACGUUUUUACAACGAACUAUUUCAAUGCUGCGACGUGGAAAAGACAGGCAAGGUGCCCAUGCUAAAGGCCACAGAGCUAUUUCGCUCUGCAGACAUUGCCAACGAGACGGUGAUUGAGAUAACCGCCUUGGCAGGCAUACCCUUGACUGCAUUGCAUAUCUCACGUGCGCAGUUUUAUUCCUGUCUCAAGCUAAUUGCAGCGCAUCAGGCGGCGGUGCCUUUGCGUCAGGAGCUCAUAGUCGCCACAGUGCCAUUGCCGUUACCACACUUCAGCUGGAAAGAAGCCGCUACUGCAGCCAUAAGCAACUCUGAGAAUGGUAUAGGUGUGCUGCCGCCCCCACCUCCCACAGAUCGUCGCAACUCGCUGCGUCGCAACUCACAGCAGCAGCAACAACAACAACAGCAGCAAGAGCAACUGCAGGAUACCUCGGAUGUGCCCAGCACAGACUCCGAGGUGGAUCAGAAUGAGUCUAGCUGCGGUGGUGAUUUCGAUGAGCGAACGGGCGCUGAUGUAGUCUUUGCGGGUAGUAGCAGCAGUCGCGAAACACGUCGACGUGGCACUGGCGGCUCGCCAGAGGCCUGGAGCACCAAUAGCGACAGUCCCACGCCUACAAACAGCGUGGCUGAGCGACCUUGGGCGCAGGAUACGCUCUGGCAGGGACUGCUUGGAGAUGAGCAUCGCCAGCUGUUGGGCACCGAAGAGGAAUCUUCAGAUCGCCACAGCAGUGACGAUGAUGACAACGAUCAUGAAAACGAGCUGGUUACGCUAUAUCAAAUAACACCCGAGCAGCGCGAUUACUAUUAUAAACAAUUUCGAGCAGUGCAACGUGAUCCGCAUGGUCUGCUCUCCGGGCAGGCGGCGCGUGUGUUUUUCGAAAAGAGCCGCAUACCAGUGGAGGAGCUGCGUCACAUCUGGCAACUGUGCGAUGUGUCACGCGAUGGCGCGCUCAGUCUGUCCGAGUUUACGGCCGCCAUGCAUCUGGUGGUGCUGCGUAGGAAUAAUAUUCCACUACCGAGCAGUUUGCCGCACUGUCUGCAUCCCAAUGUGCUGGCCAAUACAACAACGACAUCGUCGUCAUCAUCAUCAUCAAAUAUGGCACACAUACCUCAAGAGCCGCCCGAGGCUGAUCUCCUGCACUUGAACGAUGACGAUGAAGAUGAGCAUACGGACAAUACAAUCAUUAGCAGCACGCAGGCCAAGCCGCAACCAGAUAAGAAUAUUAUGAAUCUAAGCCAGAUAUCGACAACGUCUCAGGCAAGCAACAGCAGCGCCAGGCGAGAGGUGGUAAAUACAUCGCCAGCACACAAGCACCGCAGCACUUCGAAUUCCCCCAAUGCGGAGCAAGCCAUAACCAGCACAACUGGCGCUGCUGCAGCGGCUGCAACAAUAGCAGCGCCAUCGGCCACAGGCACCAACGAUGCCAGCCAGUGGACAAAGUUUAGUGAAUCUCCCACUAGCACAGCAGCUAUAGCUGCAGCAGCUGCGGCGCCAACUGUCUCUAGUCCCGGUCUGAAGCCAGCGCUGUUUGAUAUGAAACGCACAGCACAGGAUGUGGGCUCCAAUCCGCAGAUACUGCAUCCAGUGCCGCUGCGUGUAACGCCCAUAGGUGCAGCACUGGGCGGCGCGGCUGAACAAUCAAGCUCGCAGCUUACAAAUGAUAUGGAUGGUGUUGUUGUGCUGCGAGAGGAGAGCCCUAAGGCGCUGGUAACAACUUCGGCCAUUGCCUCAACAACAACAACGACUCAAUUAAACAACAGUAACAAUCAAACGACAAACACACAUCGUGAGAGCAGCGAUCUGCGCGCAAUACAGCGUCCACAAGCCAAGAAGCUGCCGGCUAAAAAUAUUGGUGCACUACCACCGCCGCCACAACGUGAGCCCAGCAUUGGCUCCAUGGGAAUGGGCGAUGCACCAGAGCCGGCGGCUGCUGCUUUCGCCGCAACUACAGUGGCGCUCAAAAAGGAGCCACCUCCAUUGCCGCCACCUCGGCCACAUCGACAUACGCGCAGUAGCAGCUUGGAUUUAAACAAAUUCAAGAUGGGCGCAGCUGCUGCACAACAGCCAGAGAUAAUCGCGCAAGCCAGCUUCGAUAUGCAAACCUCCACAGGCUUUGCCGAUUUCACACACUUUGCCGAAGAUGCAAAUGUUGUAAGUCUAUCAAUUGUCUUGUCUAACGCUCAAAUUGGCCGUAGCUUCACUAGUGUUAUGCCUACAAAAUUCAACAACUUUGCAAACAAUUCUUUUCAGCUGCUUUUUGUGGCACAAUCAACUAAUCGACUUUAUAUCUUGCAGCUUGAUGGCUCGGAGCAGCAGCAACAUUCGUUGCCACCAACAGCGCCACCGCCUCCGGCCUCUGUGGCGCCCGUACGCAUCUCGUUGCAGACACAACGAAUUUCUGCUUUUGAAGUUUAUCGCAAGCCACAAACGCCGGCGCCUCUACUGCCGCCAGCCGAAGCAGCCACACUGCCAUCGCAACUGCCUAGCGCCGAGCAUUUCGAGAAGCGUGUGAAUGCCAUAAGCGAUUCUCUACGUCAUGUGUCCUUCAAGCAUAAUCAGUCAAGCACUACGGAGCUGUUGCAGCGACUACGUGAGCAAAAUAAUUCGCUGCUUCAUCUAUGCAAUGAUCUCAGUGACGAGCUGCUUACCGUGCAGACGCGCAAGGAGGAGCUGCGUCACAAGCUGGAAAAUUUGCAAGCUGCGGAAGCAACGGGCACACGUGCCGGCUCAUCUAUAUCGGCGCCUGUAACGGCCAACGUAACCGGCGGCUCUGGCGGCUCUCAUACAAAUGUUUAAGCAGUGUUUUUGUUACUAUUCUCUUGCAAGCCACACAUACCAUAUAUGCAUAUAUAUAUAAAUAUACAUAUAUAUAUAUAUAUGUAUGUACACAUUAUAGAUCGUUUUGUUGCAGCUCUGCUAAUUAUUUGCUAAUUUAAUUAUAGGCUAGUUAAAUCUCAAUGAAUGUCAUGUCAUGCAAGCAACAGUAACAAUAAUGCCGCCUCUAUAGAUACAGUUUACAUAUACAGUUACAUAUUUAUGCAGAUCGAUUUAUGUAUACACACUUUUUAGCGCACACCCAGUAUGCUAAUUGAAUCUAAUUGUUACGAGAUAUACUAUAUUAAUGUGUAAAUGUAAAUGAGAAAUGUUUGCUUUAUGUCCUAGCUUCCUAUUCCUAGUUGUUGUGCUAGCCACUGAGUGGCCUAAGGCUGCAAACAAUUUGCAUGGCUAACACGCAUUUCUUUAAACACACAAACACACACAUUUCCAAUCUCUACUUAACUACAUUUAUUAUUAAUUAUAUUUAAUUUUGUAUGCCACGAAAAUUUAAACUAGUUUCGUCUUCAUUCCGGCAAUGAAAAAAAAAAAACAAACAAAAUUUGUAUAAUCUGCUGAAAAUAUCUUUACGUUCGCCAGACUUAAUUCUUUAAGUAUUAGAAAAGUGAAAAACCAAAACAUCCAAUUAACAACCCACUUUAUUUCCUUGAAAGCUUAGCUUAGCUUAAGUUUAUUUUGUUAAAAUCAUUUUCUAUUCUUGUGUGUACCACUUAUUGAUAUUAUUGUAAAUUUAUCAAAACUUUUUAAAGCAUUUGUAAAAACGUUAUAUAUAGUAAACAAAUGGAGCAACCUAUAAUUUAAUUUACCGGACCACAAGUAUGCUAACUUCGAAUUUAUAAGACGAUAUUCAUUUAUCGCCUUUUGAACAUGCGUGCGCAUUUUUUUUGCAUACUUAAACUAUUAAACAAGAAUGUAUAGUACAUACUACAGAUUAUUUCACUUGUCGUCGAGCAAAAUAAAUCUUCAACUUGUUAAACAUUUUCAAAGAUUUACAACUAGCAACUUACAAACAGUGAAUGAAAAGAAAAGAAAAAUCAAAAGUGAUAUUGAACACUAAAUGUAAAAAUAUUGUUACGUUGCAGCGUAAUAAAUGCGUAUUGUUUUGAGGGAUAUACAUCUAUAUAAAUAAAUAAAAAAAACUAAAUGUAUUAAGUUGAUGUUACAAA